UAAAUGGAUUAUCUAUGGUAUUACCUAAGAUAGCUAGAGGUCUAAAGAUAUUCAUGAACGUGACCGAUAACGUAAUAUGUAUUAUGUAAAAAUGUAUAAUGUUAAAUGUAUAUAAAAAAAAAAACAAAGUCGUAGAAAUAAUGUAACGUUAGCUUUCUCAAUUUGCGGGUUAAAUACAAAAUAAAAGUAUUAAAAUAGUCUAUAAUAUAAAAGCAUUACUUUUUGAUCAAUAUAUGAAAUUACUGUUAAUUUUAAUUGACCUCAAUAAAAUUUUUUCUUAAAAACAAUUAAAAUGUUGAGAAGGUAUAUUUUUUAUACUACUAAUAAAUUCAUUACUUGUCGGCAUGUUUCCCAAUCAAUGUUACAGUCUACAGUUGAUGAAAAAUCAGGCAUAGCUAUUUUAACUAUGAAUAAGCCGCCCGUUAAUAGUUUAAACCUUGAGUUUUUAGAUGAAAUUAAUACUCAGCUUAUUAAAUUACAGAAAGAUAAAAUCCGUGGAAUGAUAUUAACGUCAGGACUACAGAAAAUAUUUUGUGCAGGAUUAGAUAUAACAGAAUUUUAUAAACCAAAUCCUGAUAGAUUAGCAAAAUUUUGGACUACCCUACAAGAUACAUGGCUUUCACUUUAUAUGGCUUCAUUUCCUACUGUAUCUGUCAUCAAUGGCCACAGUCCAGCAGGAGGUUGCUUGUUAGCCAUGAGUUGUGAUUACAGAGUCAUGGUUGGGCCAAAUUAUACAAUUGGACUUAAUGAGACAAAAUUAGGAAUUGUUGCUCCAAAAUGGUUUCAAGACACUAUGGUAGCAGUUAUUGGUCAAAGGAAAGCUGAAAUUUCAUUAACUACAGGGAAAAUGUAUACUACUAAUGAAGCAUUACAAAUUGGUUUAAUUGAUGAAAGUUUGCCAGAUACAGAUAGUGCUCUUAAGAAAGGAAUACAAUUUUUGAAUAAUUUUCAAAAGAUAUCUCCUUGGGCUUAUAAGAUGACUAAAGAUAUUGGUCGUCAACCAACUAUUCAAUGGUUAAUUGAUAACAAACAAAAGGAUCUUGAUUUUGUUAUUAAAUACAUGCAAUCUCCAGCUGUUCAAAAAAGUCUUGAACUUUAUUUACAAUCUUUAAAAAAAUAAGAUAAAAAGUUAUUU